AGAAUCUCAAAUGGUAUAGACCGACAAUAGCCUCGCUACUUAAAGAUGAAGUGGUUCUGUUUCAAAUUUUGGUUCGUUUAUCGCCUAAUACUCGCCUGUCUCUCCCAUUUCAACUGGUUUCUCGCGCUUUACACAAAUUGUAUCUACUUUACACUGUGGAAAAGUUACGAUUUGUUAUGGUUCUGGAUGCAUCUGACAUUAUGCUCGUGCUUCCAAUCAUUGCGGUGUGAAAAUUAUCUAGUCGUAUGGAGUAAUCUUAUUUGGCAACGUUAUAGCAAGUACCCCAAUAAGAGUUAUAAGCAACUCUAUCUAGCCCUCUAUGGUGGCAAAGGUACGAAGGCUGAACGGGCGCUCCAGCGGAUGGACACCAUCGAAAUCCACGAAAAAGAGCAGCACAGGUUGCGACCGGACAGCAGCUCUUCGUCUUCUGAGGGUGAAAACGAGACUGACGAUUAUGAUGCUGCCCGUAUGGGCAGAUCAACCACAUGUGGUCCUCGAGUCGUUUCCGAGGUGAUGGCGGAAGAAGAAGCCGAGUGCCGAAAGUAUGUUUAUGUUGGGCAAGCUGUUGAGUCACAUGCGGACGCGGCAAAGAGGCAGCGUGAAGCCAGUAAUGACGACAAUGCUCCACCUUCGCCUGUUCGACCUCCAAGACCCUCUAAAGAGUCUUCAGGCAGCACCAAUGCUUUAAAUGGAGAAGCGAAGAAUAUGAUUAACGUCUCAAUGCAAAAUGGAGGUGGUGCUGCGCAGAACAGAGUCACAUUCAAGGACACAGUUCCCGUUCGCCCACCUAUUACAAGAAGCGAUAGUGAUGAAUCUAAGACUAGUGCAUGGGGACGCAUUCUUCAAAUGAUUCCCAAUCCCUUGAAAAAGAGUAAUGAAGACAAAAGUGUAGCCGAUCCAGCAGCUUUGGACGUCUUGGCACCAAAUUUUACUAACACUUAUGACGUCUAUGAUGAGAAAAAAUUGGAAAGACGAGCCAAACGAGAUCGGAAAGCUUUGACGCAGAAAGUCCGACGGCGUCUUCGUGAAGAGUUGCGUGAAGCAGCUAAACGGGAACGAAAGCGCAAGAGGAUCGCUGAUUCAAUCGAGUUGUUCUUACAACUUUUAAGAAUGAUCGCAUCAUUCGCAGUUUUGGUUGGAAAUAUCAGAAAAACGUUUAUACCAGCGCAGUUCAAGUAUCUCAGACCAGGCCAGCAUGCCUACGAUCACUACGAACUGUUACUACUGUUCAGAGUUACCACAUUUAUUGACGUUAGCAUGUUCUGGACUAACGUCAUGUGGGUUUAUUGCCUGCAAUGGCAUCUGUGCUGUCGGUUAGGCUUCAUGCGAUUCUGGAUGUGGCUGGCGUUGCUAUCCGUGAUUGCGACUGCGGUUAUGAUUGCUCCAAUGAGCUACGCGAUGAACGAAAUGGAUCUGAGUUGGUGCCGCUUCAUGCCGAACUCUACAUUGGCUAAAUAUCAGCCUCAGUGGAGGAGGUGAACGGGACCUCUUUUGAAUUUGCUUGUUUCCUUGUUGUAUUGUGCGAUUUUUGCGACCAUCUGAUCAGACCGUGUUUUUACGUUGUUUUUUCACCUACUUAAAACGGUAAGCUUCUUUCCGAAGCCUGCGCCCGACAGCUUGUUAGAAAUGCAGACGUACCAUAAAUUGCAUGCAUUAUAAACUAUCCCUGUCAUCUUGUUAUGUGUUUCGAAUAGCACUGUACAUAGAUUCGUUUGUGGCACUGCGUGCAUAAUCCGACUCUUGUCUAAUCAAUACCGAAUACGAGUUUAUGAGUUUGAAAGUUUGAAAUUUGAAAAACUGAAAUUUGCAUUUCUGUAAAUUGUAAUAUUGUUGUAUAACUUCAUACUGUACCAAAAGGUUUUCUCACCGCUUCCAUUUCAUUAUAGCGACAUACGACUACAGUUCUUGCAGAACUUCUCCGUUAGGUGCUCCCAUGCGUGUUCUUAUUGUAAGUUUUGAUAAUAAUGCAUUCAUUUCCUGUGCUUUCUGCGUAUCUGACCAUGUGACUCUGUUAACCUCGUCGAAUUAUUAUUGAAAGGCCUCCUUUCGUCUUGAUUGUCUACUUUCACUGUCUGUGAAUGUUGAGCGUC